AUGACCCGCUCUCCCCUCACCUUGCAGACAGACCAGCAGGCGGAAGCCCGUGCCUUCCUCAGCGAGGAGAUGAUUGCGGAGUUCAAAGCUGCCUUUGACAUGUUUGACGCGGAUGGCGGCGGGGACAUCAGCACCAAGGAGCUGGGCACGGUGAUGAGGAUGCUGGGCCAGAACCCCACCAAGGAGGAGCUGGACGCCAUCAUCGAGGAGGUGGACGAGGACGGCAGCGGCACCAUCGACUUCGAGGAGUUCCUGGUGAUGAUGGUGCGCCAGAUGAAGGAGGAUGCCAAGGGCAAGUCCGAGGAGGAGCUGGCCAACUGCUUCCGCAUCUUCGACAAGAACGCAGACGGCUUCAUCGACAUCGAGGAGCUGGGCGAGAUCCUCAGGGCCACCGGCGAGCACGUCACCGAGGAGGACAUAGAGGACCUCAUGAAGGAUUCGGACAAGAACAACGACGGCCGCAUCGACUUCGACGAGUUCCUCAAGAUGAUGGAGGGUGUGCAGUAA